GCGAGAAUCCAAUCUCGUUGGGAGGUCUCGCGAGGCUGUAAUUUGGCCGCGCGCGCGCGAGAUUUGACAGCCGGACGGUAACUGCAUUAGAAGCCCAGCUGCUAACAAUGGCGUCUCCCAGCGUCAACUCGAUCGAGUCAACUUCAGAGAUCAACGCGUCGCGAUCGAAGACGAAAUUCACAUCAGCAGGAAAAUACUGCAAAGCCUAUGGAUGCAAAAACUGUCAGUUCAAGUGUGUCAAUGGAGAGAAAGUGCCAACAAACAUCACAUUUUUCAAGGUCCCCCCAAAUGUACUAAAAGAUAACAAGUUACUGAAGCACUGGGCCUGUCUGGUAAAAAGACAGCUCGGAAGGGAUAAUUUCACCAUGAACAAUACAACUGUGUUCUGUGAAAAACAUUUCAGAGACUCCGACAUUAUCAGACUGUCAAGAAAAGGAGUUCCGCUCAAGAAUCCAAGGCUCAGGAAUGGUGCAGCACCGGUGAUUCAUUCCUGGUCACAAGCCAAACCAGAGAGACCAACACCAAAAGUACGACAUUGCCCUCCUCCAAACAAGGCCAAAGGAUCACAUGGACUCAACAGGAAUGAUGUACUUGAACGUGGUACAAGUACCCCUACCUUCAUGGACAUAGCAAGUGGUUCUGGUCUGGAUCCUGGUGGCUGCAUGGAUACAGACACAUCGGCCAUUGAUGACAGCCCUUUGGACAGCACCGCAACAACCCAACACACAGCUGUAGAGACUGCAACAUCCCCAACACCUGGGAUACUCAUUACGGCUUCUACCCAAACCAAGAGUGAUUCCACUCGUGUUUCUGACCAUGACUAUACAUUUGUGAAAGAUGACUCUAAGACAUUAGAUGACUACAAGGAUUAUGUCUUAAAGUUGGAAAACAAAAUUCUGAUGCUUGAGAAGGAGCGCACUAGUCUAAAUGAAUUAGUUUCCAGCUUAAAAGCACAGAUAAUGGAGUUCAAGUCAUUUUCAGCCAUGACAUUUAAAGAGGACAAUAGUGCUAUUAGAUUUUACACGGGAUUCCCAUCUUUUGAUGUUUUCAUGGCUGUGUAUCGGUACCUGGCUCCCAAAGCUGCUAAUCUCCAGUACAGGAGGAGUGGUAGCACUGUAAGCGAUUCCAAGCCAUUUCAGAUGCCAGGAAGAUCUAGACCUGGGCCAAAACGGAAGUGUACUUUACUAGACGAGUUCUUCCUUGUGAUGGUUAGAUUAAGGGUUGGGUUGUUCCACAAAGAUCUUGCCAUCCGGUUUGGUUUAUCAGAAAGCACAGUGUCGCGCAUUAUAAGCACUUGGAUAAACUUCCUUUAUUUAGAGCUCCCACAGAUGCAUCCAUUUCCAUCCCAAUCAGAAGUCAGAGCAAACAUGCCACUACAGUUCUCUAAGUACCCUACCACUAGAAUCAUCAUUGACUGUACUGAAAUCUUUAUUGAAGUUCCAUCUGCCAUGCUUGCACAAUCCCAGACCUGGUCCAACUACAAACAUCACAACACAUGGAAGGUACUUGUAGGAAUCAGCCCAAAUGGCAUGAUAACUUUUGUGUCAAAGUUAUGGUCUGGCAGAAUUUCCGAUAAGGCCAUAACCAGAGAGUCUGGUUUACUAGACCUGUUAGAACCAGGGGAUAAUGUUAUGGCAGACCGUGGGUUUGAGAUCACGGAUAUUUUGCCACCAGGAGUAACACUGAAUAUCCCACCAUUCAAGGGUGAACGUGCUGCUCUUUCUCCAUCAGAAGUUCAGGAGACAAUGGAUAUAGCAUGUGUCAGAAUCCAUGUUGAAAGGGCGAUUGAGAGAAUAAAGAACUACCAUAUCCUAGAUGGAAAUUUACCCAUUUCAAUGACACUGCAUGCAGACCAAGUAUUCACAGUAUGUGCAUACCUGACUAAUUUCUUACCACCACUUGUUCAAACUGUUGAGAAAUGAAGAUCAAUCUGCUUGUUUGACAUUCUAUUCUAUUGGUCUAUUUACAACAUGUAUCCAGUAUAGUUUGAAUACCAUGUGAUACUUAAAUUCUAU